UACCUAAUAUUAAAAAUACUACACAAGACUAUAGCAAAGAUUAGACACUUAGUUUGAUGACCGGCGCUUACAUUCAUUUAGUUGAUUAAUUAAAAUAAUAGUGCGGACAGUCUUAUCAUUGAUUGAAUGGGAAAUACGUUUGAUUAUAUAUAGUAUGAUAUAUUGAAUGGUAUGGAUAGCAUAGCAUUGAGUACUGUGGCGAUGAUAAACAUCGAUUACCAGAUUAUCAUCGUUGAUAUGAUACUGCAUUUAACAUCAAUAUCUGUGGGAACGUAUUGACAGGUAAAGAGUGAAAGAAGAGAGAAGUGUUAACAUAAAAAGAGUUAACAAAUAAAACAUCAUUUUUCAAAACCACUUGAAAGCCUUUAUAACAUCUUUAAAAGCAAAUGAAAACCAGAAUCAGUUUUGUUUUGUUUGAUCUCUGUUUACAUAACAGCUUUAUUGGCAGCACCGGUAGCCCAUUGUAUGGUACCAGUGGUGGUACUACUGUUGGCGCAAACAACAGCUCUCAUAAUAAAUUUAAAGGAUUUAAUUUGUUUAAUAUGCAAAUCAUCGUCAGAUUCACAUGUUUUCUAUUCAUAACAUUUACAUCAUUUACAGUGAUAUUCACGCAUAAAGUCACUGAAUCGGGAGAUAUAUUAUUAGGCGGUCUCUUCCCAAUUCACCAAAAAGGCAGCAAUAGUAGCCGAUGUGGUCCUAUAAAUAAAGACAGGGGUAUCCAGCGUUUGGAGGCCAUGCUGUUUGCCAUCGAUAAGAUCAAUGCAGAUCCAAAUUUGUUGGGCAAAAUCAAAUUGGGUGCCAUUAUACUGGACACGUGCUCGAGUGACUCGUAUGCACUCAAUCAGUCACUAGAGUUCAUACGCGCGUCCAUUAAUACGGUUGAGUCGUCGGCUUUUGAAUGUCGCGACGGAUCCACUCCUCGACCCAAAUACGGGUCCAAACAUAUUAGCGGUGUUGUCGGCGGAUCUUAUAGUGAGGUAUCACUCCAAGUGGCUAAUUUGUUACGACUCUUUAAAAUGCCUCAGGUCAGUUAUGCCUCGACUGGUACAUCGCUCAGUGAUAAGACACGAUAUGACUUCUUUGCCCGAACUGUUCCGCCCGAUACUUACCAGGCAUUAGCACUCGUAGAUUUGGUUCAAUCAUUCAACUGGUCGUAUGUAAGUUUGGUCACUUCCGAAGGUCAAUACGGAGACUCAGGUAUGAAUGCGUUCGCACGGGAGGCCAAAAAGCGCAACAUUUGUAUUGCAAUGAAUGAAAAGGUGCCGAUGAAUGCCGAUCAACACUAUUUCAACCAAAUAUUAACUAAUCUUAAGAUGAAAUCCAACGCCAAGGGUGUUGUGCUGUUUCUCAGAGCCGAAGACAAUCGGGGUUUGUUAGAGGCGGCAAAGGCGGCCAAUCAGACCAACUCAUUCUCAUUCAUUGCGUCUGACGGAUGGGGAACACAGGCAAAGCUGGUAGAGGGUGUAGAAGAGGAGGCGGAGGGCACUAUCACUGUUGAGCUACAGUCCCGAGAAAUUGAGGAGUUUGACUAUUAUAUGGGAAACAUGAGUGCCUAUCAUAACCGGAAUCCCUGGUUUCAAGAGUACUGGGAGGACACCUUCUCAUGUCGACUGCCACCCUAUACACACAAUGUGGACACCGAUAAUAACAACUCAUUACCCAUAUGUUCACCAAACCUUCGCAUUGAUAGAUCAAUGGGUUAUCGCCAGGAGUCCAAAGUCCAGUUUGUUGUGGACGCUGUCUAUGCAUUUGCACACGCAUUACAUAACGCAUGGCUUGACCUUUGCUCCGGUACUGAAAAUUAUUGUCCGGCGCUCAAGGAGUUGGACGGAGAGAGCUUUUAUAAAAAUUAUUUGCUUAACGUCUCAUUUAUCGACUUAGCGGGAAGUGAGAUGAAGUUUGAUAGAAACGGUGACGGUUUGGGUCGAUAUAAUAUUUUCAAUUAUCAACAAAUACCGGAUACCAAUCAAUAUCAGUACGUAUUGGUAGGCCGUUGGGCUGAUGAGGGCCUCGAAUUAAACAAAGAUGAGCUCAAAUUCAAUGAGGGGGUGCCGGAGGUGCCCACCAGCAUAUGCUCGAACCCAUGCAGUUUGGGUGAGAUCAAGAUUGUGCAACAGGGAGACACGUGCUGCUGGAUAUGUGCCAAAUGUGAUCCCUGGGCCUACGUGUACAAUGAAUCACACUGUGAGGACUGUGGUGCCGGUCGAUGGCCUAACAAAGACAAACAAAGUUGCUAUGAUUUGCCGAUUCAGUACAUGAAAUGGGAUUCAUUGUUCGCUAUAAUACCCGUUGUGAUCGCAUGUCUGGGAAUUUCGCUCACAUUGUUUGUUAUCUUCACAUUCAUUAAAUACAGUGACACUCCUAUUGUUAAGGCCUCGGGAAGGGAACUGUCGUUUAUACUAUUGGGUGGUAUUAUGUUUUGCUAUCUCAACACUUUCAUACUCUUAUGGAAACCAAUGACCAUUAUAUGUGCACUUCAGAGAUUCGGGGUUGGUUUUGGUUUUUGUAUAAUAUAUGGGGCGUUAUUAACCAAAACAAAUCGCAUCUCCAGAAUCUUUGACAGCGCCCGUAAAUCUGCCCGAAGACCCAGUUUUAUAAGUCCAAAAUCACAAGUCCUCAUAACUAUGAUAUUGGUGUCCAUUCAAGUCAUAGGCAAUUUAGUAUGGUUUGUGUUGGAGCCUCCCGGCACCCGACAGUUUCAUCCGGACGGUAAACGGUCUGAAGUCAUACUCAAGUGUCGCGUUAGAGACUCGAGUUUUUUACUCAGUUUAGUGUAUAAUAUGUUUCUCAUCACAACCUGUACUCUAUAUGCUGUGAAAACGAGAAAAAUACCCGAAAAUUUCAAUGAAUCUAAAUUUAUUGGAUUUACAAUGUAUACAACGUGUAUCAUUUGGCUGGCAUUUGUGCCCAUCUAUUUUGGUACCGGCAAUAGCUUUGAGAUACAAAUAACAACAUUAUCGGUAUCGAUAUCAUUAUCAGCAUAUGUGGCCCUAUUUUGUUUGUUUUCUCCAAAAAUCUAUAUAAUAAUCUUUCAUCCGGACAAAAAUGUACGAAAGCUAACCAUGAAUUCAGCCACUUAUAAGAAAGCGCCGACAACUAGUACUACGUGUCCGACCACUUCAGCAAAUCAUGGUUUGUGGUACUACCACUGCUAUAGAGCACGUCAAGCUGACAGUGGCCACACAGGACAGGGAUACGGGAGACAAAGUUAUCCAUCAUCACCAGCAUCUCAUACAACAACACCAUCACAUACAACAACAGACUGUUCUCGAAGAAGAUGCCAAAGAAGAUAGUUUGGCAUCACUUUAAUGAUUAUUGUAUUUGUUUUGUUAUAUGAACUAA